CAUUUUAAAGGGCGCCUCGGGACUGUCCAUCAUUUUAAAGGGUGCCUCGGGACUGUCCAUCAUUUUAAAGGGUGCCUCGGGACUCUCCAUCAUUUUAAAGGGCGCCUCGGGACUGUCCAUCAUUUUAAAGGGCGCCUCGGGACUGUCCAUCAUUUUAAAGGGCGCCUCGGGACUGUCCAUCAUUUUAAAGGGCGCCUCGGGACUGUCCAUCAUCUUAAAGGGCGCCUCGGGACUGUCCAUCAUUUUAAAGGGCGCCUCGGGACUGUCCAUCAUUUUAAAGGGCGCCUCGGGACUGUCUUUCAUUUUAAAGGGCGCCUCGGGACUGUCCAUCAUUUUAAAGGGCGCCUCGGGACUGUCCAUCAUCUUAAAGGGCGCCACGGGACUGUCCAUCAUUUUAAAGGGCGCCUCGGGACUGUCCUCAGUUUGACACCCGUGCUCUCGAGGGUAGCCUUGUCUGUUGUGAGCAGCCUACGGGCUGAAUCC